AUGCAGUUGCCUCGCCCCUGGCCUGUAUUGAAGGGCCUUUUGAUUACAUUGAUUUUUUCUACAUCAGUGUGUGCGAUCGAUUUGGACCUAACUGAUGAACAAUCCAUCAAAGAUGCGGCGAGUACAUCGGCCUACGCGAUGAUGACCUACUACAAGGGCAAUGAAACCGGUCAUAUUCCUGGAGCUUUCGCGAGUAAAUGGUGGGAGGGUGCAGCGCUGUUUUUGGCGCUUCUACAAUACUGGCACUUUACGGGAGACACAACCUACAACGACAAUCUCCGUGUUGGAUUGGAGUGGCAAGCCGGAGACGAUGAUUAUAUGCCAACAAAUUACAGUUCCUAUAUUGGAAACGAUGACCAGAUGUUCUGGGGUAUAGCAGCUAUGACUGCUGCGGAGCUGAAAUUCGCUGACGCCACUGAUGUUGGGGAUAACUAUUCGUGGCUUUCCCUCGCACAGGGUGUCUUUAACAGCCAGAUCGACCGAUGGGACACUACUAGCUGUGACGGUGGACUACGGUGGCAGAUCUGGACUUACGAGUCUGGCUACACAAUGAAAAACUCCAUCUCCAAUGGUGGGUUGUUUCAGCUAGCAGCACGCCUUGCACGAUAUACCGAUACCGAUACCUACGCCACCUGGGCCGAAAAGAUUUGGGACUGGGCUCUGACUUCCCCCCUCCUGAGCAACUCCACCUGGAAUGUGGCCGAUUCUACAGAAACCACAAAUGAUUGUGCUACCCAGGGUAACGAUCAAUGGUCCUAUAACUAUGGUACAUUUUUGAUGGGUGCUGCUUAUAUGUAUAACUACACAAAUGGUAGCUCCGUUUGGCUUGAGGCUGUUGAUGGUCUAUUGAAUAAGACCUUUGAACACUUUCUCACCGAUAAUAUUCUUGAGGAGAAGCUGUGUGAGCCAACGGAAGUCUGUAAUGAUAACGAAAUCCUCUUCAAGGGAUUGGUUUCAUCUUGGCUAUCCUUCACGGCUCUCUUAGUUCCAUCGACCUAUGAUACUAUUUUACCGGUCCUUCAAGCUUCUGCCACGGCCGCCGCUGCAUCAUGUACAGGGCAUGACAAUAAUACGUGUGGAGUGCGAUGGUACAAGUCGACAUAUGAUGGAUGGAUGGGCAUGGAGGAAGAGAUUAGCGCCACAAACAUCUUUGUCGCAAACUUGAUUGCUUUUGACAGUUCGGCUCCAGUCACAUCCACUACCGGCGGAAACAGUACCAGUGAUCCAACUGCAGGUGAAAACGAUACCACCACAUCCGAUACUACAACCACGAUUACCACGGGAGAUCGCGCAGGCGCUGGAAUUCUAACUGUGCUGUUUGUUGGGAGCUGGGUUGGGGUAAUGACCUGGACCAUUUUGGGUGGCUAA